UUCAUGACGCUGCUCAAGUCAGCAUUGCUCAGUUUACUCUCACCCUUUAACUUUGCUUUGCAUUAAUGUGAAUAACCUGAAACCCUAUGAUAUCCAUCUUACUGUCAAGGAAUCCAUGUCAGUGGUUCGACCUUCAGCUACUCCAAUAUGAGCAAUGUGACACCUUCAAGGCCCAGGAUACAUAUGACCGGGUAAGAGCACACUAUGCACAUAUUGGGUGGUUGUGAAUGACAAGAGCACUGAGGGAGAAGCUACUGUUACACUGAAGAUAGCAGAAGAGUAUUCUGGAGCUACAACUAUGGGAUGUCCCUGAGCAUUUUUGAAGAAUCAGUGCAGGCGUGACCAGUGACAAACGCACAGUCUCACAGUCGCAUGGCAGGAAACCAGGAAGGAGAGAACUUCUUCAACAGAAGCUCACUCAGCUCUGAACUAAAGCUGUGAAUGGAGAACAGCAAACUCCCCUGACUCAGUAGAAGUGCCUGCUGGACUGAAGAAUUUUAGGGCUGGAUUUCAUGGGUUGUCAAAAGCCAGUUGUCAAUUCAUUCAUACAUAUCCCUGGAAGUGAAUACUAACAUCACAGCAGCUAACAUUAGUGGACUUUUAUCACAUCCCUAAGCAACAGUGGAUUUCUGGAGGAUCAAUCAUCAUUAAUAAUCAUGCUCCAAUGGAUCUAAUCUUUGAAAACUGCUGUUUGUUUCCCCAAAUUCAGUGACUUUAUUGUGCAUUUGCAUUUGUCUGGUCCUUGCUGCUAUCUCCUGGACUACAUAAGAUGGUGAAUUCUUCUUGUUUCUUCUUGAAUUCUUCUGCAAAUGUAAUGUGUGGUUAGCGUUACAUGCAUUCUGUAGAGGAUUACAGAUUCAUCACAUGAAACGGUGAACACUGUAGUGUCUGAGGUGGAUAAUCUGCACAAACACACUGCUGCAUUCAAAGCGAGCAGCAGGUGGCUUUUGUAUAUUAUUUGAAAUUCAGUCAGCAUUUUGGUCCAAAUGUUCCUCAGCACAGUCCUUGUAGUCCUGACAGACCUGGCAGCCAGGUUUAUGGGUACCACCUUGUUCCGGCGGCACUUCCACCUGUUGUUGUCAGCACUCGUGAUGUUCGGUCCCAUGCUGAGUCUUUGGGUGUCUCACCACAGCAUCUUUGCCAAGAAGAGUCACUUCCUCUACAGGAUGUUCUUGCACUCUGGUUGGGGUUGGACCUGCAUCUUUGUUGGCUCUUUUGUUUUCCUCCUCUCCUUUUCCAUCCGUCGUUCCCUGUCUCUCUCCAUCCGCCACCUCUCACGGCUUGCGGUGGCCGGUGGACUAUGGCUUGGUUUUUGCAAACUCUUGGACCUCCUGGAGAAUGCCACAGGAAGCUGCUACGAACCUUUAGAAGCUGGAACAGUGGUCACAAAUGGCCAGACUCUGCUGGUGCUGCGAGAGGGGGAGAGCAAGUCUGAGUGUCUGAAAGCUGGAAUGCUGUGGAGGGGAUAUGAGGUUUCUGAAGACAUUUUCCUUCUCUGCCUUUGCUGCCUGCUGGUGUAA